AAAAUCUGGCCACACCGGAAUUCAGUUGUCAAAAAGUACUUGUGCGUUAUGGUUGGAGUUAUGUUUGUUGUAUCAAUUUGUGUGUCAAUUAUUAAUUAACCCUUGUUAAAAUGGCCUGUUGAUUAUUAAAAAGCAGAGCUUAGUUCAGAAACAAUCGAUGUUAAGUGUAUUUAGUGUGUGAAUCAUGGCAGCUGGUGGCGAGGAUCUAUGGCGCGAGUGCGCGGGUUGGCUUACUAGAUGUGGAUUAUUACGGCCUGACCAUAAGGCGAAUUGGGAUACGAGCACUAUACAUGAUUUGGCUUAUACCUUGCGUGAUGGUGUUUUGCUCUGCAACCUUCUAAAUGUCCUGCACGCUGGCUGUUUAGAUAUGAAGGACGUUAACCAGCGCCCCCAGAUGGCCCAGUUCCUGUGCAUGAGAAAUAUAAAAGUAUUCCUAAGGACAUGCCACGAAGUUUUUGAAUUGCGUGAAACGGAUCUAUUUGACCCAUCCAUGCUAUUUGAUCUCUCAAACUUCCACCGAGUUCUAUGCACUCUUGCCAAACUUAGUCAGUGUCCAAAGGCCUUGGCCAAAAGUAUAAAACCAUUCUCGGCAAAUAGAACACAAUCGGAAGAGGAUAUUUAUAAAGAUCUACAAUCUGUUGCGAACCAAUCCCUGGAUAUUCCGCCCUCGUACGAGAUGGUUCAACCGCCGGCUUCGGAGGUGCCUUGGGUACAAUUCACCAUACCCAGCAGUAAUUGUGAAGAGAGGGUUGAGGAGAUAUAUGAGGAUCUAUGUUAUGUCAAGUUGAACUCGGAAGUACCUGAGCUAGCGUCGUCCUCGCACAGUUUAGAGAAACGGGAUUAUGUUAUACGCGAGUUGGUUGAUACUGAGUGCAAUUAUGUGGACGUGUUAAGCAAAAUAAUUAAGUAUUUCCUGAGACCGCUUAUGCCGUACUUGAAGCCGCAAGAUAUGCAAGUGAUAUUCUUCGGUGUUAAGGAUCUACAUGAAAUUCACACAGGCCUUCUCCGUCAACUGCGUUUGGCCACGGAAAUGUGUGUGCCAGGCAGUGGUGCGCCGAGGCUAGCUGAUGUAUUCCUUGCGUGGCGGGAGAAGUUGCUGCUGUAUGGGGAUUAUUGCUCCAAUCUCACAACGGCGCAGGAUACCCUCAAAACGCUGGAUUCUAGGGAUGGGACGUUCAGUAAACAACUUGCUAAAUGUCAAAAAGAACACAGCGACGGUCGUAUACAGUUGCGAGAUAUACUGUCAGUGCCGAUGCAGAGGAUACUCAAGUACCAUCUGCUUUUGGACAAACUUGUGCAGGAGACGCAGCCGAAUCACGAAGAGUUUCGUGGACUAGAACGAGCGAAGGAAGCAAUGGUGGACGUUGCGCAAUACAUCAACGAGGUGAAGAGAGAUAGCGAAGUGCUUGCUCUGCUGGCUAAAGUUCAGGAGAGUAUAAUAGACUGGGACGGAGCGGAGCUAGGAGCGGGUGGGGCGUUGCUAGCGGCAUAUGGACGAUUAUUAUUAGACGGAGAACUCAAGGUCAAGGCACACGAAGACCAGAAGCAGCGACUGCGAUAUGUCUUUGUGUUCGAUAAGCUUAUGCUCCUCUGUAAGCCGGUUAAGGAAAACCAAUACUCAUACCGCGUAGGUAUACGAUUAGCGGAAUACCGUGUUGAAGAAGGCUGUGGGAGAAGAACAAUGCGGACUGAUUCGCGAUGGGCCUCGCAGUUCUAUCUUGUACGUCGGACAAAGGAAACGACGUUUACAUUAUACGCUAGAACGGAUGAAUGUCGACGGAAAUGGCUGAAGACGAUACAGGAUGCCAUUGACAACUUAGAACCACCGGGGUGUCGAAAUACAAAUCACAAGUUUGUCCUUCACACAUUUGAAAAACCAGCCACCUGCCACCAUUGCUCCAAGUUUCUCAAGGGCCGAAUAUUUCAGGGUUACCAGUGUUCCGUAUGUAGCGCAUGCGCACACAAGGAUUGUAUCGCGUUAUCUGGCCGAUGCGGUGGAGGCCUAUCGGUGGCGCCACCUCUGCCGCCUCACAGCCAGCAGCCCGAUCACGCCUUGCAUUAUUACAUGUGGUACGUGGGCGAAAUGGGUCGAGAGACAGCCACGGACCGCCUUGAGCGUCGAGUGGACGGGACCUUUCUUCUUCGCGUCAGGCCUAGAGCUCCGCCACACCCUACCAACGACACGCAUUAUGCCCUCUCACUCAAGGCUGACAACACAGUGAAACACAUGCGUGUCUGUCGAAAGCCAAUAGACCAGGUACCGCACUACUUCCUCUCUGAGUCAAGAUUCUUCCGGAGCGUUGUUGAACUCGUCACUUAUUAUGAACGGGUCAGUCUCGCUGAGAACUUCGUAGGAUUAGAUUCUAGUCUGAAAUGGCCCUUCCGCCGUGUUGUCGCCACAGUUAUCCAUGACUUCCGCCCCUUGGAGUCGAGUCAGCUGUCACUGCGGCCCGGGGCCAAGGUUCUGGUUCUGAGUAAAGAGGGAGACAGCCGCGGAUGGUGGAAGGGAAGGAUACUAGACAAGGUAGGUGACAACCGUUCAGGCUACUUCCCAAAAGACUGCGUGCUGGAGGAGCCCGAGUGUAUCGGCGCACUUGACUGAUGUCACUUGUGCGUCGCAGCGCGACGACACACCCCUGACAAUCUCAUCGAGGACCUGGUUUGAGGUCUGUAUUUUAAGACUCAAGGUCUCAUUUGAGUUUUGCCGGGUGCUGAAGAUAGUCUAGUCACGAGGGAAUUGAGAUCGCUUAAUACAUGAACAGUGCUGCGAAACUUUUGAGGCUGAAGACAUAUUACAUGACACAUCAAAAUAAUUAAAAAAAAACCCUAUAGCAAUUUAAUAGGUGUUUAUUAUAUGUAACUGAAAUUUUGUGAAUCAUUUGAAUUUAUUUCCAAAUGUAAAGGAACAUACAAAUCUAUUAUUGUUACAAAAUCAAGUAUUUUUUUUUUUGGAAAACGGCUCUAAAUAAAUAAAUCAGUAUGUGUGACAUGACGGCCAUUCCAGCCAUAAUGACGUUGAAAUGACGAUUUUACAGUUUACAUUACGUCACUGUAUAAAAAUGACAAUUUCAAUACAUUUUUGACAUUGCUAUUUACUGACAUAUAUUCUAGAUUCAUUCUAUACUAAGUACCAACUAGCUAAAUAAAACAGAAAUGUGACAAAUAAGAAUACAAAUUAAUUUAAGUUUUCAUUUAGUUCACAAGAUCUUAGUAUACAUAUUGGGGAAUAUUUUUUAAGAUUAAGUCUUAGUUUGCCAAACAUUUAGGUUAUAGCGAUAACCACAAAGUUAUAUCGUUUUGGUAAUUCUAGGUUUAAUUUGAAUUGGCAUUGAAAUCUAUGUAAAACAUUUGGUUAGUCAGGAAGAGACUUCUACUCUUCUUCUUCCUAGCUCCUUGUUAACAAAUAAUCAAUUAAAUAAUACUCGGAAAUUUAUUUAAAAUUUCAAUACUUAGUGAGGUUAUGUGUCUUAUAUGUGAAGUUGUGAAUAGCGGGUGAAAUGCUUUAAGUGUAUAUAUAAAGUAAGUAGUGAUAAGACGACAUACAACUAUCUCUCUCAUUCAUUUGACAGUUUCUACGGUAGAAAGGGACAUACGUAUUUUUUGGACUACAAAUGGAAAAAUAUAGGCAGUAACUAUAGCCUAAUAUUAUUAAAUUAAUUAUAAUUUAAAAAUUAUAAUUGUAAUUUUAAGAUAGAUAUCGAUAAUCCAUACAAAUUUUUGAAAUGAGGUAGAAUUUAUGAAAUUAUUAAAUUAAUCAUAAUAAAUAAAUUAAAAGAACCAUUCGCCUGAACUCAUUAUAAGUAAAUAUGUACGAAAAAUUCUUGCAUUGUCUUGCUUAAUAUUCAUGUUAAGAGAAGAAAUAAUAUGCUCAUAGUAGAAAUAUUUUCUAUUCAUAUUAUCAAAGUUUACAAAUUGUAUCUUAGAUUCAAAUAUCACUGUUAUUGCGUGAUUAAUUAGUUUUUAAUACAAAUAUUGACGGUAGAUCACAUAUCGGCACUGAACCAAUGAAAAUCAAUUUUCGUAUCCAACUAACAAAUGUUCGUAGGCCCUCAGCUCUUCCAGCCAAUUCAAAGUUUUCGCUUUGAUGCUCAAUUUAUUAUUCAAUCAAAAAAAUACCGUCAUGGUCUUUCUUGUCUAUGGACGUUAGUUGGAUAUGAAAAUCUUCACUAUUGCUAUACCAUUAAGCUAACAGUAGGUAGUAGAGACAUUCGUCCAACAUUAAAUGUAGCUGUUUAUUAAAUGUUUCACAUUGUUAGAAUAUUUUUAUGAAAUCGUUGAUCAUAAUUGAAAACAUAUAAACUGUUGUUGUCUUUGAAAUUCUACUUCAAAAUGAGUGUUAAAUGGUUUAAGGUCUCAAUUGUUGUCUUUGGUGCAAAAUCUAGAAAUUGUCUAUUGUAUAGAAUCAUAUUUAAAAUCAUGACACCUUGCUCCAUCAUGUAAUCUUUUUUUGGUGUUGUAUAGUGUUGCCCGCAACACACAAGCGGCAAAUGGGUGUCCAUAGACAGUAUCUAUGGCUGUUAUAGACUGAGCCAUAGACUAAAACAUAGCGUUUGCCCUUAUUAUAAUGGUACAUAUUAGAAAUGUUUUUUAAGAACUUAAUUUGUCUGUAUUAGUUUAAAGUAAAUUAGCUAUGAGGUAAUGCAACACACUUGUUGAAAGCAAACUAUGAAUUGCUUGCACAAUUUUAAAUCCUGAAAAAAUAACAAAUGUGCUCAAUUUUUUGCUUUCAUUCAUUAUUUUGCUAGGCAACAUUAUCAAAAUGUUUCAUAUUAAUGUGGGAAUAUAGUGAGAUGGAAGUGCCAAAGUGUUAAUUGUCAACUGGCAAUACUAAAGUUUACUCAUGUCAGUCACAUUUAUUAAAUCUAGGUUGUGACAAGCGUACCAAUGCAAACAAUUUACAGUUAAUUAUAAAUGUCAAGAUCUUAUCAAAAAAAACUUUUUUUACACAUUUUCCUAGCGGCGAGUUAUUUGACAAUGGUGUCAAUCUAAUUGUUAAAAAAGCUAUUUACACUUUUUUUUAAAUAUAUUUUUUAUUGUGCAGUAAUUAUAUGUAGUCAUUGACUCGGGCUGCCUUCGACGAGAAACUUAUUUUUAAUUAUCUGAGCUCUUACAAAUAAAAUCCCACCAAUGUCAAUGUGUAUUCACAUUCCAAUUAUUAUUAACAGAUAGACACAUUUAUUUAUCAUUUUUUAUAAAUAGCAAUUUUAGUACAAAUUGUAAUUUUUUUUAUCUUUGUGCAAUUUUUUUCUCGAAUAAACUUACGGGCGUUUCUAAUGAAAUUUCCAUUUCGUAGUAUUUAUUUGUGCGUGUUAUUUUUUAUUAAUAUAACUGUGUGAUAGUUGAAUCAAAAUAUAUUUUUCAUUAAAAUAUCUAGUAUUCAGAUUACAUUAGGUAUAUUAGGAAUAUAUUUUUGCAAUAACGUAAAAUGCAGCUUAUUUAUUAACUAUUAAACAGAGUAUAUAAUACACCAUACAUUGUAAUUUUGACAAUAGCAAGUUAUAAUGAGAAUAUUCAGUAUAAGAAAUAUUUUUGUAAUGUUUCUUUGUACAUAAUAUCAAAGUAUAUCAUACUUACAAUGAACCAUUGUGUUUCUAUUAUUUCUUUUAUACUAUUUCUUAACAAUUUGGUUUGUUAAUGAAAAUACAUUGUCUAUGGCAAAUAAGUUGCCAUACUAUAUAUUUUCAUAUAAUGAUUUGAAUUUUUUUAAAUAAAUAAUACGACAAACUUGUGAAAUGUUACGUUAUAGGCCUAUUGUUAUGUGAGCUAUGCUUGUAUUUGUAUGAAAUAUAUGUUUGUAGUCUUUCAUUUAAAUAAUCUAUAAAAUGCAUUAUUGAAAUCUACAAAUGAAUUUUUGAUUAAUAUGACAUCUCAUACACAUGAAAAUAUAUAUUGGAUUAGCUAUUUACGAAUUUAUGUAGUGUUGUGGAUUAAAUGGCUUUUAAAUGUUCAAAUUACAUUAGUUUGCAAAUGUUGGUGCUAUUUAAUUUUGUGUUCUAGGCUUUUUUAUGUGAACCACAUGCUGCCAUAAUGCCUCAAAACGAUAUAAGAAGAAAUAAAAAAUAUAUAAUACAGCAAUUACACAAAUUAGCGUAAGUAACACAAAUAUCGCGUAAUUCUCAAUCUUUCUGACAAAAUAUUCUUCUGAGGUGUAUGGCAACCCAAACGCGCUGGUACAGACGUAGUGUUAAAAUAUUUUGAUAUUAUUUAUGUCUGUAAAUAAAUUGUAAAUGCAUAUCUCAUUAUGUAGUUAGGAGAUGUGAAAUAUAAAUAAAUGGUUGAAAAUUA